CUUCCUGCUUCGAGAAGCAGAGGCAGAGCAACCGACCAAAUUCUUCUCGAAGCAUUCGAUCUCCUCUCCUGGUUCCCGCGUCGCCUCACCUUUCCUCUCCGAUGGCCAAGCUCGACGCCCGCAAUCUCCGCUUCAUCCACGAGCGCCUCCCCUGCCUCGUCGACCGGCGCCACAUGGGCCAAGUCUGCCACUCCUGGCGCGAAGCCGUCGGGCCGCGGCAGCACCCACCGGAGCGCCCGCUGCCGUGGAUCCUUGUCCCGCGCGCCGACGGCCCUUCCUUCUCGUGCGUCCUCGGCGGCUGCGGCGGGCACGGCUUCGACGGCGUCCCGGACGUCGCGCGCACCGCGCGCUACUUCGGCGCCUACGACGGCGGCUGGGUCUUCCUCGCCUUCCACCAGAUCAUCCACCACGCGGUCCUCAGCCUCCGCGAUGUGCGGGGGCGCUUCCGCCUCCCCGAUUUUGCCCGUCAGGACAUAGCGGUUCGUGACUUUGGGCGGCCAGUCCCAGUCCGUAACAUUGCAAUGAUCAUGGUCGCCGCGACCCUCUCUUCGCCGCCGGAGGACGAGCAUUGCGUCGGCGCCGCCAUCAUCAUCUACUGGCCCUUGGAGUUUGGUCGACGCGCUCAUGCAUUCUGGCGGAUGGGGCAUGAGUAUGCGGUGAUGGGGCAUGGUCCCGAGGACAUCAACGAGCCAGCUCUGGAGGAUGUCAUACACCGCAACGGGGCCUUCCAUUUCCUCACCGAAGAAGAAAACCUCCAUGUUUUUCGAGUGUCUGAAUUCCACGAUGACGGCAACAAGGGCAAUAUUCUGAAGGUGGCGCCCAAGGUGAUUCGGCGCUUCUCGCCUGGUAAGCGCAAUUACGGCAGACGCGCGGCCGUUGUUCGCUACCUUGUGGAGUCCCGCGGGAGUCUCCUCAUGGUGGUCAGGCUCGUUUCUCAUCCUCGUCCCGAGCCACCGACGACGGCAGCGUUCAGGGUGUUCGAGAUGGUGGAACCACAGCGGCGUGAUUCCAUGUGCACCUGGAAGGAGCUGAAGUCGUUGGGUGGGCGGAUGCUGUUUGUCGCGCGAGGCUGCUCCAGAUCCUACGAGGUGGCCGACUAUCCGGGGGCUGAGUUCAACGACGGCGUCUACUUCCUCGACGACGGGAGGAUCUACCACGAGGGGACACUGUUCAGGACCCGCCGAGACGUUUGGCAAUAUCCCUGCAGAGACAGCGGCAAGUGGCUGCCAGUGGCGGAGGCGGUUCCGGCGCCGCCGUGUGUGGACAACUUCUUGCCGGAGCAAGGCCCUUCGAUCUACUCACCGCCAGUUUGGCUUCUCCCAUGAUACUGGUAAAUGGUUAUGAGGUAAUGCUUGGUGCUGAUGUGUUUGAUAUGUGCUUAGCUAAUUAGCUUACAGCAUGUCAGUACUCUGUUAGCCCGUCUACUCUUGCUGCAAAGGAUGAUGUUGCCGUGCCUUUCGGCGGUUGCUUCUUCUUUCGAGGAAUGAUUUGUCCAGUUAUUACAAUCUAUGAUGUCCCGUUCGAGCCUUUGAGGUUCAUUUGUUCUUGUAAUUGCGCGAAUGACUGUCAUUACUAGUUCAUAGCAUAACUUCAGUAUUUUCUGGCUCUUUUUACCAUUUCAGGCUUGUAUGAUUACGGAACACAGAUAUGGUUGUGUUCUUGA